AUGAAUGCCUCUCACUUCCUGGCUUCGCUCUUCCCAGGAUCCCCACAGGGUGAGAACAGGAGCACGCCAAGGGGUAUCCCCUACAACUUCUCUGACCAUUGCCAGGAUUCUGUGGACCUGCUGGCUUUUAUUGUCACCUGCUACAGCAUUGAAACCAUUGUGGGGGUCCUGGGCAACCUCUGCCUGAUAUGCGUGACCAUGAAGCAGAAAGAGAAGACAAAUGUGACCAACUUGCUCAUUGCCAACCUGGCCUUCUCCGACUUCCUCAUGUGCCUCAUCUGCCAACCACUCACGGUCACCUACACCCUCAUGGACUACUGGAUCUUCGGUGAGGCCCUUUGCAAGAUGUCAGCCUUUAUCCAGUGUAUGUCGGUAACUGUCUCCAUCCUCUCGCUUGUCCUCGUGGCCCUAGAGAGGCAUCAGCUUAUCAUAAACCCAACAGGCUGGAAGCCCAGUGUACCCCAGGCCUACUUGGGGAUUGUGGUCAUCUGGCUCAUUGCCUGUUUCCUGUCACUGCCCUUCCUGGCCAAUAGCAUCCUAGAUAAUGUCUUCCAUAAGAGCCACCCCAAGGCUCUGGAGUUUCUGUCAGACAAGGUGGUCUGUACUGAGUCCUGGCCCCUGGACCACCACCGUGUCAUCUACACCACCUUCCUGCUGCUCUUCCAGUACUGCAUUCCACUGGGCUUCAUCCUGGUCUGUUAUGUGCGCAUCUACCAUCGCCUGCGGAGGCAGGGGUGUGUGCUCCGCAAGGGUACCUGCAGCUUGAGGGCAGGACAGCUGAAGCGGAUCAACAGGGUGCUUGUGGUGAUGGUGGCUGCCUUCGCAGUGCUCUGGCUGCCCCUGCAUGUGUUCAAUAGUCUGGAGGACUGGUAUCACGAGGUCAUUCCUGUCUGCCACAGCAACCUCAUCUUCUUUGUGUGCCACCUGCUUGCUAUGGCCUCCACCUGUGUCAACCCUUUCAUCUAUGGCUUUCUCAACACCAACUUCAAGAAGGAGGUCAAGGCCCUGGUGCUGACCUGCCAGAAGAGUGCCCCGGUGGAGGAGUCUGAGCAUCUGCCCCUAUCCACAGUGCAUACAGAAGUCUCCAAAGGGUCCCUGAAGCUAAAUAACAAGUCUAACCCCAUUUAG